UUCGAGUUUGUCUAAUAACUAGCGAGCUAAGUAGCUAGCUACCUAACCUAGCUAACGUUAGCAGUUUAACAGUGGCUGCUAGCUAGCUUGCAUGUAUUUGUUUUGCGUAUAAACGCUUCGUAAUUUUUUUAUUGCACUAGAUUGUUGGGGUCGUAGCUAAAUAAUGAACUAUUUUUAGUUGGCUGGCUCAGCUACAAUCGUGCUUUCAGCGUAGGCUACUAACUAGCUGGCAACCUUGCCUAUUUUAAUGAUAAUUAAUAAUCGCUAACUGAUAAACACAGUGAACUUGUUCGACAUUCAGGGACUAAGGAGCAACUCGUUGUGGUCGAGCUGUCAGGGAUGAUAAAUUCUGACUUUUUAACAAAAUGUCAGGGGAAAUUAAAGGUUGUGGGAAUAGACACUGAACAACCUAUGAUACAAGUGGGCAAUUAUGUAUUUGCUGGGGAAUACGAAGAUGCUCUUGGUACUUGUGUGAUCUUUGAAGAAAGCCGUGACUGCAACGGCGACGCUGAGUCAAGUCCUAAACUCAAAUACAAGUGCCACACCGUGAAGAAACUCAUGAUGCAGCGCACCUUCCUCGCAGAGAAGAAAGAAGGAGAAUCCAGCACAGAGGGCAUUGAAUUUUUGCAACUCAACGAUGGAGAGUUCCGCCAGCGGAACAAUUUCAUCUGCAAAUUCGCCCAGGAUCCGGGUGGGAAAGUGCCGUUCGCCGACCUCUGUGCGGAGGCGGGGUCUGAAGUCGGCACCCACAGCCCCGGGUCCGAGUCCGACGGGGAGGUCAGCGACUCGGAGCAGGUGCAACAAACGAAUGAAGACGCGGAGUCGGAUUCGGAUCCGGGAUCCUCCGUUUGCAAACAGACUGUGGGUGACUUGGAAGCCUCGGACUGAGGCAGGGCCGGACAGUUCCGUGGCAGGUUUUCCAUUGUCACCAACUGCACUGGCUAUAUUCGCUGAGUACACUUGUGGUUCAAAUUCUGGAUCAGUUCAGACCAGAUGUUUAGCUAACGCAAAACGUUCCCAAAAUGUCAUGUUGCUGCCGUGUAGGGCAAUGUUAUGACAUUAACAAAACAUUCCAGCAACAUUGUGAGAGGAUUUAUUUUAUUUACUGCCAUGUUUCACAUUAGGACACAGCUGUCAUUCAUUAACAUACCAAGGAGUGUAACUGAAGUAUAAGUGUCUAAAUGUUUAAAUAAUUAAGAACAGAGGUUGGCAAGAAACCCAGAAACAGAUGUGGCCUUCCUGGCCCACCCCCGGAUUAGAGUCUUUGCUUUUGUACCUGAAUUUGACCAUGUGCUGCAUAAACAAGAACACAAAAAAGGAGAAACCGAUAUCUGGUCAGAACAAGACCAGGUGAGCCUGGUGUGGGAGGGUGUACGUGUGGCAGAAACGAUAUGGGUUAAACCUUGCCUGUUAGCAUAGAAGUGGAACUGGACCCUCUCUCACUUUUUUUAUUAUUAUUUCUGACUGAGCAGUGACUGAGUGACUGACUCACCCUCAUGGCCAGUUAAGUUUGUUUUCGAAUAAAAGAAAAAGGGUCCGGCCAAGAAAAAAAUAACAGCUUUUUUAAAUGAUGGGAUUGCAGUUGUAACGAGAACCAUCAUACACAGUGGGACCCUAGGCAAGUUCGGCAAGCACUUUGCGAGAUUACAGAUGUUGAUUGUAGAUCCCUGUACCCCGAGAUCUACAGUCCUGCAGGUUUUCAUUUCAACCCUAAUUGGGUAACCUGAAGGUUGGGCAGCCAUGGUUUGAAACAAUGUUGGUAUCUGUCUGAAAACAGCUUCACCAGGUCGGCGUAAGAUAUUUUCUAUGCUGCUUUGAUACAUUUAUAGAAUUGUUGGUGUAAUGUCAAGAGACUUUAAUUUCUGACUCAUGUAUGUGGAAUGUUCAAAAACUUGGUUCAUGGUUUCUUCUCAAAUUACAUUGAUGUAACGUCGGGCCCUGGCGCAGUUCAUGGCGUUAAAUGCCCUCUAUUUUUGCCUAUGAAGAGGCACUUACACAGCUUGCAUUUUAGCUCACCGUCUUUACUUUUGAAUGGUUGCAUUGACAUUAAAUGUUGUGAAAGCGUGGUACUUUCAUUUCCCAUGUGUCUUGACUGCGGCAGUUGGGAAUUUCCAGGUCUCCGAACAAUGCCACUGUGAGUUGCCACCGAUAAAGGAGGCGGGGUUUUAACCAAAAAAAAAAAAAGCACUCCAGUCUCGGAAACGAUUCAGACAGAAUUUUCAUUUCAGGAAGAAAGUAACCCACAUAAACAUCGAAGUCUCUUCACAAAACUGAGGACCAGCUCUGGACACAUUAGUAACGAUGACCUGGAUCCUCAAUGCAUACGUGAUUGGCACGUUGCUGUCUGUUGUAGUUUCCAUCCUUGCUCUUGUUGACUCCGUUGGAGGUCUGAUGUACUCUCCGGCGCAAUAUCCCAACGACACGGUAAACAUCGCAGUGGCACGACAAAAGAUCCGUUCGAGAAGCAUUGGUGUCGCGGCAAGGUGACUCGUACAUGUUUUACUGAACUCUCGUUCUUGGAGUGGAUAGCCUACCGUGCGAUGGACAAGUAAAGCCUUGUUCGAAAGAAAUGCUUUGCUAUUCUGAACAACAUACUGAAACCGCACUGGCACACUGAUGACGAUUAAAGCUGUUAUUUGAUUGUGAAUGUGAUAUGCGAACCACAAGUGCGUAUACCACCACCACCCGAAGCACUGGAGUGUGAAUUGCGAUUAAUUUCUUGGUGACUCUGGUCGGCUGACUAUUGAACAGGUCCCAGGCAUUGUAAAGUACCAUUUCGCACUUUUUUUUUAUUUUUAUUUUGUUGACGCCUUGCUUGUUUUUGUAUGGUUAAGAUGUGUAUUUUGGAAAUAAAAUGUAGCAUCAAUUCUUUGAAAUGAACUGAACUGUGUAAAGCAUUAAUGACAAAUGCUGAAGUGAAAUAUUGUGGUUUCAUAUCUCUUUGGCAGAGGUUAUGAUUGGCCCCAAUCAUCAUCCUGCAGGGCUGCAUGGUCUUAUUUGAAUUUUAUUUUUGUAUAUAAAAAAUAAGUCUUAAAAUAACUGGAGUUAAAACUGUCGCCUGUUUUAAUUGAUAAAUUAAGUGCUAAUGCCUCAAGAACCUUGCAGCCAUCCAGCACCAUCCAUGGGGAAGCCCUUGUUUAAAGGCAGUUUCAGUUGACCCAGUAUACCCCCAUUUGAUGAAUGGCAUUUCGCUUAUUUGCCCUCGACAAUUGCGGCAUGUCUUUAAGGAGCGAAGGUGGUUUUGCCGGAAAUUACAAAAGUGGAAGAGGAUAGCCGUUAAUUUGGAUGCAGUCACAACAACAAACCAUGAAACCAUCCCGUGUAAGAAUGUUACAUAUCAGCGUUAUCAAUCUAUAGGUGACAAGAGAGCCCUUAACUGAGAGCCCUUAACUGGAACCCCUGCUUCUUGGUAUAUCUCGAACAAAUGAAAGUGAAUGUAAAGACAUUUUGUAAAAGAUUCUGAAACUCAUCAGGUUUGUGGGAUGAACACAUAUCAGUGCAAAAUAUCAACAUAAUAUUCAGGGUAGCUGCAUUGCCCUGACAGGUUUGUGCGGCACUUGGUUGCAUUGCUGAUGUUAUAGUGUAAACAGUAUUGCAACCUACACUGGGCACAUAUACAAUAACUUGCAAUCGAUUUUGCUCUCCUUUAUACACUGCCUAGUUUUUUCCUGUUAUAUUUUUUAUUUUAUUUUAGUUUUUUUUUAGUUUUCGUAACUUUUGGCAGUUUCCUCCUGUUUGUGCUUCACUGCCACCUUGUGGCACUUUGGUGUAACUGCUGUUAAUAAAACAAGUUGUCAAACCUGAACCAUUCUAAACAUCACCCUGUCUUUACGCCACAAAAUUGUAAAUGCAAUUUACAAAGCAAGCACAAUUGACAUUUGGGCUACAUUUUUGAAAGCCAUGGGGACUUCUGUGAAGAAAGGGGGUCAAAUAAGAAAUUGUGUGCUUUAACCACAAAUUUGUAUUCGUGCUUUAACUGUCCACAAAUGUUUCCGUUUAUAAGCCGAGAAAAUGAAUUGUGUGUAUGCCUAACUUUUUAUUUUAUUUUCCUGAGUCAUGUUUUUUGGCUUCAAAUAGAAGCUGUAUAAUCUUCAUUAAAGACUUAUCACACAAA